AUGUAUAGAAUAUUUAUUUUUCAAGCUACUUAUGCGAAUAAACCCAUGAAAAAGUGUGUAACGAAUAAGUACAAAACAAGCGAUUCUAGAUCAUUAAAAGGGAUUUUUAACGACGUUGUAAGAUUGAUGGUGACCAGAAAUCCUAGCUUGAAUUGGGAAAAGCUCCAAGACGUCUUUUAUCGUAAUCGAGAGAUCUGUACUUUACAAUGGCCUGUUGAGGAAGAAUUAAGGUAUGCAAUAUCAACUACUGUCAUCGCAAUUGAAUUGCGAGACUUUUUGCAAAUUUUCGAUUAUAAUGGCAAUAUGAUAAUAAGUAUAGAUAAAUCUCAGUUUAAGAACGUGAUCAGAUUUGAAUUUGAUGGCGCUGAGCAGUUAGUAGUAGCAACUCCCAAUUCAGUUACAGUUGUGACCCAGUUCAAACCCCUAGCGUUCAAAACUUGUCGAUUAAGUGAGAAUAUUCAGGAUUCCAUUUGGGACUACAAAAGUGGGUUGAUAAUAAUGCAGCAGUCACAAGAUAUUUACAAACUUACAGGCAGCUCAAUAGAACUGCUACUCAAAAAUGAAGGACAAUACACACUUUUGACUAAGGAACAUUGGAAUAGCAAUGGUAAUAAAGCUAUUCUUCUCGAUGUUCAGCAUGUCUAUGAGCUUGAGAUUAAUGAGGCUAAAAUGACCAAGAUAUUAUCAGAUGCACAAUGGCACCGAGUGGUUCUAUCUCCAAAUAAUUUCAUCUGUUUGUUUAACGUAAAAUUUAAUAAGUUACAGGUUUUCAAAAGCUCCUCAAGAAUACUUUUAGAACAUACUCUGGAAGAGACCCCAAAAGGCAUUAAAUGGUGUGGAGAUGAUACUAUUGCUUGUGGAUUCUUGGAUGAAAUUAAACUCUAUGGGCCAGGAAACUCGUAUGUUGCAUUUUGGUUUCCUCAGGAGAUUGCCGCUUUGCACACAGAAAUAGAUGGUUUGAAGGUUUUUACAGAAGAAAGCGUCCAGUUUAUUUCGAAGGUUGAAAAACAUACCUCCAAUACAUUUAAAAUCGGCUCUACAGAGUCUAGUGCAAUCCUGCUGGACUCACUGGACUUAUUGGAGGAAAAUGCCGCCAGAGCAAUAGAAAACUUGAAGACGAUCAAUUUAAAACAAGCUGUUACAGAUUGUAUUGAGGCUUCAAAGGAGGAACUAGAUCCUCAAUUGAGGAAGAGAUUACUGAGUGCUGCCUCUUUUGGAAAAGCUUCUCUCUCCACAGAAGUUUUCAACUCUGAUCUAUUCGUGGAAGCCUGUAGUGUACUCAGGCUAUUGAGUCUCUUGAAAGCGCUGGAAAUACAUUUAACCGUCAAAGAGUAUAGUACUAUCACUUUACCUGGCUUAAUUACAAUUUUGCUGAGGCGACAAGAACAUUACAAAUGCAUUAUGAUCUGUCAAGCAGUUAAUAGUCUGGAGCAGCUACCAACAAUUUUCACACAUUGGGCCAUAUCAAAAAUAAAGUACUCGAAAGAUUCGAACGACGGAGAACUCUAUUCAUCUAUUAAAGAGCAAUACUAUAGUCUCCCAGAUCAUAUAAAAGCUCAUAUAUCUGAGAUUUUCAAUACAGCAUACCUUGAAGGAAGGUUUGCUCUCUCUCGAAACCUUGCUUUGUUGGAGUAUUCGCCGGAAAUGAGAAUUGCUCAACUACUUCAGCUUGAUGAAAACAGCAUGGCCUUAAGGGAGGCACUUAAGAUGCAGUGCCCUGAAUUGAGUACUUCAUUAAUUUUUAAUUUUUGUGAAAAACUAACAACAGCCCAGCUGGCGAAAUUAUUGAUCAUGGAUAUGCCAACUGAACAGUUGUAUCCAUAUAUUUUCAGAGCAGACGAAAAGCUGUUGUAUGAUUACUAUCGACAAACCGACCGAUUUGUUGAUCUAGCACAUUUGAUACUCUUACAGAGCAAAAAUGAAGGCUCAAUAAGGAUUUUCCUACCUCAGGUUCAAGAGCUAUACAGCAAAAUUUUAAAUAAUAACCUUAUUAAACAAGACACAGAGCUCAUACAAAGGCAGGAAAAGAUAUGGAUUUUUCAGGAAACACUGACAGCAAAUCUAGGCAGUAGCUUUUCUGACCUAACUCUCGACCAGACGCUAUCUAAGCUGAUUGAAAUGCGACAGGAAAAACACACGCAAUCGUUGAUUAAAAAAUUUAAAGUCAACGAGAAGAAAUUCUAUCACAUAAAAAUAGGUGCUUUGGUGGAAAAGAAAAUGUUCAAUGACUUGUAUCAGUUUGCUAUAAGUAAAAAAUCCCCAGUAGGGUACGAGCCGUUUUAUAAGUGCUUAAUGAGGAAGGGAUAUAAAGGCGAAGCCUCCAUUUACAUUAGCUUGAUUUCCACCAUUUCAUAUGGAGAAAAGAUAGAAAUGUAUGUCAAAUGCAAGGCUUUCGAAGAGGCUAUUCAGCUAGCCGGGAAGGAAAGGGAUAUAAAGGGCCUUAAAGAACUUUACAAAAAGAUGCCUGCUAAUGACCCUCAGCUGAAAUCUUUAAUCAAUGAAUAUAUGAGCAAAAUAUAA